AUGGCUGAAAAAGAUUUAUAUAAUUUGAGCAAAAUUUUUUAUUAUUUUCGUGAGCGAUAUUAUAAUCAAGCAUAUAUAACAGCAAAUGAAGGUUUAAAACGUUUUGUUAAUGAUGGAAUACUUCAAUUUUAUUCAGCAUUAGCACAACUUAUGAAUGCACGAUUGCAUGAAUCAAUGCGUGAAUUGGAACAAUUACGUAAUAAACCUGAAUUAACAGUAGCAACUCUUCUAGCAUUAAUACAUGCUCAUAAACAACAUAAAACACCAGAUCGCGAAGCAAUUGCAGAAUAUGAAGUUAAAGUCAAAGAAUUACGUAAACAAGUAGAUGAUACGGCUUUAUUUUAUGCUGCUCAUACAUUAUAUAUCAUUGGUAAAGCUGAUAAAGCAACAGAAUAUAUUGAACGAGCAACUAAACAAAAUCCAACAAAUGUUUUUGCUAUAACUUUAAAAGGUUGGAUAUUAAUUGCUAAUGAUGUUGCUAAAGAAUCAAAACAAUAUUUUGAUGCUGCUUUAAAACUUGAGAAUAAUUUUCCUGAUGCUGCAUUUGGUUAUGCUAAAUAUCGUGAAAUACGUUCAAAUUUUUCUCAAGCACUUGAAUUUGUUAAUCGUGUAUUAGCAACUAAAAGUGAUUAUUUACCAGCAGUAUUGGAAAAUAUGAAAUUACAAUUAUGUAUGCAAGAUUGGGAACAAUGUGAAGAUGUUGCUCAAAGAGCAUUUCGAAUUGAUGCAAAUUGUGUUGAAGCACAUAAAUAUCAUUAUCUUUAUUUAUUAUGUAAAGAAGGAAAUUAUAGUGAUGCUCAACAAGCUUUUACUCGACUUUUACAAGCACUUGAUAUAUCUGAACCGAAAGGUGCUUGGCAAUAUUAUGAAAUUUCUCAAGUUGUUGCAAGAGUGUGUGGACGAAAUCCUCAAAUACUUCAACAAAGUGAUACACUUCUUCAACGUGCUCUAGAAAUUGAUUCGACAAAUUCAGAUUUUCUUAUCGAAGGUGGUUAUCAGGCAUUAAUGGCAAAUAAAAUGAAUGAAGCUAUUAAAUUCUAUAAAUCUGCUGCAAGAACACAAGCAGAAAAUAUGGGUGCUGUUUAUGGUAUUAUUCAUUGUCAAAUAUUAGAAGGAAAAUAUGCUGAAGCAAAACAACAAAUUGAAUUUCAACAUGAAGUUCAAAGUGGAAAUGCUGCAGAACUUGCUCAUCUAAGAGCUAUAUUAGCUAAACAUGAAAAUGUUCUAACAUCAGAUCAAAUUGUACAAUUAUUUGAUACAGCUGCUGAACAACAUUUUAAAAAUCUUCGAGGUUUACCCUUAGGUAAAAAAUAUUUACUCUGCUUAAAUCCAGAUUUUAUUCUUGAAAUUGUUCGUGAAUAUAUGAAUAAUACUACUUUAAAGCCAAUUGAAUCUGGUCAAACACUUGAUCCAUCUCUUCGAAAAUCUAGUGGUAUUUUAGAACAAUUAACUAAAGCUGUACCAGGUUUACUUGAAGGUCUUUUUCUAUUGGCUAAAGUAAAAUAUUUAUCUGGUGAUACAAAUGAAGCUAAAAGUGUUCUUCGUCGUAUAAUUGAUCAAGAAGCAACAUAUUCUGAAGCAUAUAUUCUUCUAGCACAAGUAUAUACACGUGAAGGAAAUACACAUUUAGCAUAUGAAUCAUUAGAAAAUGGUUUAUCAUAUAAUUUUGAUUUAAAAAAUCAUCCAAUGUAUCAUUUAAUACGUGCAAGAAUAUUAAAAAAAGAACAAAAAUAUGAAGAAGCUUGUAAAUUAUUACAAGCUGCACUUAAUUUACCUGGUGUUAAAAAACAACAACAAACUGAAUCAUUAAAAACACCACGAACAAAAACUGAACAAAUGAUUUCAAGUGUACCUAUAUCAAUGCAAGAUCGUGUUAGUGUUUAUUUAGAAUUAGUUGAAACACAAUUAUUACUUAAUCGUGUACAUGAAGCAAGUAUAUUAUUACAAGAAGCAUCAACUGAAUUUCAAGGUACAAGUGAAGAAUCAAGAAUAUUAUUAACAAAUGUUGAUUUGGCUUUAAAACGUGGUGAUAUUAAUCAAGCAAUUGAAAUUUUAAUACAAAUUAAACCUGAUCAAACAUAUUAUGUACAAUCAAGAGAAAAAUUAGCUGAAAUUUAUUUAAAACAUCGAAGAGAUAAAAAAUUGUAUAUUAAAACAUAUAAAGAACUUGUUGAUCGAAAUCCAACGCCACAAGCUUUAGUUAUUUUAGGAGAUGCUUAUAUGAGUAUUAUGGAGGUUCGUAUUCUAUGA